AUGGCCGCCGCCCUGCAGGUCUCGCCACGGAUACAGGAAGUCCGGGACCUGGCCAAGCAGGACCCUUCCAAAGCCGCCAACAGUUACCAGACGAUCCUCUCGGAGGGCCCAGGGUCCACAGAGGCUUCAUCGCGAGACUAUGAGCAGGCAUUGAUCGGUCUGGGAGAGUUGUAUCGGGAUGCAAAGAAGCCACAGGAUAUUGCAGACCUCAUCAAGACCAGUCGGGACACCUUUUCGUCAUUCGCCAAAGCGAAGACGGCCAAGCUAGUCCGCCAACUCUUGGACCUCAUCAGCGAAAUUCCCAACACCCUCGAUCUCCAGGUUGCCGUUAUCCAAUCAUGCAUAGAGUGGGCCAUCGCCGAGCGGCGGUCGUUCCUCCGACAGAACCUCCAAGCGCGCCUGGUCGCAAUCUAUAUGCAGAAGCAAAGUUACUACGACGCCCUCACUCUCAUCAACUCCUUGCUCCGCGAGCUCAAGCGUCUGGAUGAUAAGCUCAUGCUGGUGGAAGUGCAGCUGCUCGAGUCUCGGACCUACCAUGCUUUGGGCAACCAGGCUAAAGGCCGAGCUGCCCUUACAGCAGCGCGGACAUCUGCUGCUUCCGUCUACACACCCCCGAACUUGCAAGCUGGUUUGGACAUGCAGAGCGGCAUGCUGCACGCCGAGGACAAGGACUUCACCACCGCAUUCUCAUACUUCAUCGAGGCUCUGGAGGGAUACAGCUCGCUCGAUGAGGGGGAGCUUGCCACCGCAGCCCUGCAGUACAUGUUACUGUGCAAGAUUAUGCUGAACCUGGUCGAUGAUGUCACUCAGCUUUUGGGCUCCAAGCAAGCCCAGAAGUACGCCAGCCCCCGCCUGGAGGCUAUGAAGGCAGUUGCGCGAGCUCAUGCCAACCGCUCCCUGGAAGAAUAUGAAAAGGCGCUCUCCGACUACCGGUACGAGCUCGGCAGCGACACAUUUAUUCGGAAUCACCUUCGCCGUCUCUAUGAUGCCAUGUUGGAGCAGAACCUCAUCAAGGUCAUCGAGCCGUUCAGCCGUGUAGAGCUGGACCACAUUGCCAAGAUGGUUGGCUUGGAUACUCAGCAGGUGGAGCGAAAACUGUCCCAAAUGAUCCUGGACAAGGUGAUCAUUGGUGUGUUGGACCAGGGAUCGGGAUGUCUGAUUGUGUACGAUGAGACGGAACGUGAUCAGGCUUAUGAUGCUGCGCUGGACACGAUCGAGAAGCUCAGUAACGUGGUGGAAGGAUUGUAUACUAACCAGGCAUCGCUUCUGGAGUAG